AUGUUAAACGUGGAAGUACCAGACAAAGGUUUCGCUUGGAUUGUAGCAGUUUCAUCAUUUUUUAUAAAUUUCAUUCUCUCUGGACAUUAUCGAAGUGUUGGAAUUUUAUAUGUGGAAAUAUUGAACUAUUACAAUGCGUCUAGACAAGAAGCCACAAUACCUUUUGCAGUUAUGAAUGCUGUACGAUGUUUAUCUGGUCCUUUUGUUGGAAUAGUUGGUCAACGCUACGGUGUAAGAAGUGCAACUUUCUGGGGAGGAUUGAUUGGAACAAUAGGUGUGGCUCUUUGCUUUGUUGCUCCUGACAUUAUAUGGAUGGCCGCUUUUUGGGGAGGACUUUAUGGUUUAGGUUGUUCAUUGUCUAAUACCCUUUUCAGAGUGUCUGUGAAUGAAUACUUUGUGAAAUAUCGAGCUACAGCAGCCGGUAUAUCAAUUUCUGGUGGCUGUGUCGGAAGCAUGACCCUGCCUUUUUUAAUUAACUAUCUCGUGAAGCAUUAUGGUCUUGCUGGAACAUUUUUGAUUUUGGCUGGAAUUACUCUGCAUGUUUUGCCACUAAGCUUGAUGUUGCGCGAACCACUAUGGAUAAAGGAUCCUCAAAAAUAUGAAGAAUUAAGUAUAGUUUAUAGUGUCAUUAUCUUUGACAGAAUGCACAAGGCAGAAAAGCAUGAUGCUGCUCAUCCCUUGAAAUCAGCUAUACAACUCAGCAGACUAAUGAUAAUUCCCAAAAUCGAUCGGUCUGGAAUCACCGGAUUUUCGAACAAUCUUAUCGAGGAGAUGAAGUUUAUGACAUUUAGAAGAAAAUGCCCCUGGAAGUUGAAAAAAUCCAGACUUUUCUCCCGGCCCACGGAAGAAGACAGCGAGAGUUCGGACACCCAUUCAGAUGAUUCUGCCAAGUUGAAUGAGUUGUCGUUCACGGAAAGCCUCAAGACGUUGAUCUUACUAUACAAAAAUCCAAUGUACAUCAUUAUAUGCAUCAGUGUUACAAGUUAUCAGAUUAUUUAUGUCGCAGUGCUUCAAAUUUUAAUUGAUUAUUCUGUUGAUAAAGGGAUUCCAUCAUUCCAUGCUAUUUACCUUCUUAAUAUAUUGUCUAUAGGGGAUUUAAUAGGUAAAUAA